AUGGCCAGUUCCAUGGCGGUGCUGCUGCCCCCGGAGCUGCUACUGGCCGCGAAGCGCGGCGACUGGAGGAAUCUAGAUGAUCUCAUGAGCAACGAAGGCGCACUGCGACCCCAAGUCACCGUCGACAUCGACAUCGAGGACGCCAGCGUGCACUAUGGGCCGGACACGGUCCUCCACGUCGUCGCGUCGUCGUCGUCGUCGUCGUCCGGUGGAGACGGCGGCGCAGCAGAAGAGCCCCUGAUGAUGAGCGCUACGGUGAUCUGCAGCAAGGCCCAGCACCUCAUGGGCGCGCGCAACGCUCGGGGCGACACGCCCCUGCACUGCGUCGCUAGAGCCGGGAACACCGAGAUGGUCUCCCAUGUCAUCGACCUGGCGAGACGCCAAGACGACGGCGGCGGCGCCUCAGUGCUGCAGGUGGUGCUGAGGAAGGAGAACAGGCGAGGGGAGACGGUCCUACAUGACGCCAUCCGCUGGGGCGACGCGGAAAUGGUGCGAGUGCUGGUGGCGGCGGACGACGAGCUGGCGCGUUUCCCGCGCAACGGCGUCUCCCCGUUGUACCUGGCCAUCUUGCUGGAGCGCGAUGAUAUUGCACAGUAA